AUGUUAGCAAGGAGUUUCUUUAGUCCACUGGCAGCUAUUCUCAAGGAGAACAAGUUGAUCGGCCUAAACUACGUGGACUGGAAGAGGAACCUGAACAUAAGCCAGCAUGAGAAAUUGGACAUUGCUUAUGAUAUAAUGCAAUCUCUCACUGAAAUGUUUGUUGACAAGAGCAGGCCCGCAAAGCAAGCUGCUAUUAGGGCAAUUAUGAACACUAGGAUGGCUGAGGUUGCAUCUGUAAGAGACCAUAUGCUCAAGAUGAUCUCUUGCUUUAAUGAAGGCGAUACCUUAGGGGUAGACAUAAAUGGUCAGAGCCAAGUGGAUAUGGUUCUUGAGACUUUGACGGAUUCCUUUAGACAAUUCAAGUUGAACUACAACAUGGGGAUGUUGAAUAUGACUCUCCCAAAACUGAUGAAGAAACUCCAAGCGGUAGAGGCCAUCACGGAGCCCCAAAGUACUGUUCAGUUAGCCCAGAGUUCCACCUUAAGACUGAAAUCGAAAGGCGGAAAGGUCAAAAAGAAGGGGAAACAUCAGUGGGAACACUCGAGAGUGCGAAGACAACCUCUUAAUCCUAAGAAGAGAAUCCGGGUGAUAAGUCCCGAGGAAAAUGCUUUCAUUGUUGGUUGA